GUCGUCCGCCACGAUGCUCAGACAUCCCUCAGCGGCUGCUCAGAUAUCCCGGCCGUUUAGGGCCAAACUUCGUCGUGGUUUUGCGACGGUGCAGGACACCCCUGUUCGUCGUUACGGCGGCCUAAAGGACCAGGACCGCAUCUUCACAAACGCGUACUGCAGGCAUGAUCAUGGUGUUAAGGGUGCCAUGUCCCGAGGCGACUGGCACAAAACCAAGGAUAUCCUCCUGAAGGGCGACUCCUGGAUCAUUCAGACCAUCAAGGACUCCGGACUCCGUGGACGUGGAGGUGCUGGUUUCCCCAGCGGUCUUAAGUGGAGUUUCAUGAACAAACCGGGUUGGGAGAAGGAUCCUCGCCCUCGGUAUCUUGUUGUCAACGCCGAUGAGGGUGAGCCCGGUACCUGCAAGGACCGGGAGAUCAUGCGCGGUGACCCCCACAAACUCGUCGAGGGUUGUCUUGUCGCCGGACGCGCCAUGAACGCCAGCGCCGCGUACAUCUACAUCCGUGGCGAGUUCUACCAGGAGGCUUCGCACGUCCAGCAAGCUAUAAACGAGGCAUACAAGAACGGUUUCCUCGGGAAGGACGCGUGCGGGUCCGGAUACUCCUUCGACGUCUAUCUUCACCGUGGAGCGGGCGCCUAUAUCUGCGGAGAGGAGACCGCGUUGAUCGAGUCUCUCGAGGGCAAGCAGGGCAAGCCCCGUCUGAAGCCUCCAUUCCCUGCCGAUGUCGGCCUGUUCGGCUGCCCGACUACUGUGGCGAACGUGGAGACUGUUGCUGUCGCGCCGACAAUCGUGCGGCGCGGUGCUGCCUGGUUUGCUGGCUUCGGCCGUGCGCGGAACCAGGGCACGAAGCUAUUCUGCAUCUCCGGUCACGUCAACAACCCGUGUGUGGUCGAGGAGGAGAUGAGUAUCCCGCUCAAGGAGCUCAUCGAGAAGCACUGCGGUGGCGUCCGCGGUGGCUGGGACAACCUACUCGGUAUCAUCCCUGGGGGUAGCUCCGUUCCCGUUCUUCCCAUCGACAAGUGCGGAGAAGUCCUUAUGGACUACGACUCUCUGAAGGAUGCCCAAUCCGGUCUUGGUACUGGUGCCGUCAUCGUCAUGGACAAGAGCACUGACAUCGUUAAGGCGAUUGCUCGCUUCGCUCACUUCUACAAGCACGAGUCAUGCGGUCAGUGCACGCCCUGCCGCGAGGGCACGACGUGGAUGAUGAACAUGAUGGACCGCUUCGCGGAGGGCCGCGGGCACCAGCGCGAGAUUGACAUGCUGCUCGAGCUCACGAAGCAGAUCGAGGGCCGCACGAUCUGCGCGCUCGGCGACGCCGCGGCGUGGCCGAUCCAGGGCCUCAUGCGCCACUUCCGUCCCGAGGUCGAGCAACGCAUCGCGGCAUUCCGCGCGGCGAACGGGCCUGUGCUGUUCGGCGGCCGCCUGAAGAGCCAGACGGACCAGACGCUUGCCCUCCCGGAUAACUUGGGCGCGAACCUGCCCGAGGUCGCGCCUCCGAGCGCAUAGCCGUAGACGAGAAGUGUGUUGUAGUGAUACAGGCGGACUACAAUACAUUCAUUCAUUCGUACACGU